CACACCUGUACCAACCACAGUGCUCAGCGCAGCCGCGGCCGAUUCCACCUACGAUUGAUUUUUGCACCUGGGGACUGCAUCAACUGCACUGAAGGCCGCCAGGCUUCUCGUUGUCGACGCAAUGGAGACCGCGGCCCCUGUUGCACUCGCACCUCCCCAGAAACGCCCGCUCGACGACGAUGCCGGACCCCCGGUCUCCACACCAACCAAAGCCCCGUCUUCGAACGCAUCCACGCCGUUGACAGCGCUGUCCUCGAUGCGCACCCCCUCGCCUCUCAACAACGCUACGCAAGAGACCACGGCCCCCGCGAGCAGCAACAAUUCCGUUGCUGGCGAUGCCCCCGAUGCAACGCAGAGCGCCACAGCGUCCAGCAGCACACAACAGGCCAAGCGCAGGAAGUUAACGCCGCAGGAGAAGGAAGAGCAGCAGCUGGAAAAGGAGGCCAAGGCGAAAGCUCGAGCCGAGAAGAAGGCCCAGAAAGAGCUCGAGGACAGGGUCAAGGCGGAGCAGAAGGCCCAGAAGGAUGAAGAGAAGCGAAGGAAGAACGAGGAGAAGGAGGAGAAGAAGCGGGCCAAAGAGCUGGAGCAGCUGCAGAAAGAGGAGGAGAAGCGCAAGAAGGAGCGGUCCCAAAUGAAGUUGAAUGCGUUCUUCACCAAGCCAAAACCCACCGCAGACUCCUCGCCUCGGAAAACUAUCCCAGAUUCCAUCCAGAACCCCUCUACCGGCCAAAUACCUUUGGCUCCGGUCCCUGCAACAGCAAAUCCUAACUCGGCUCCUCCGUCUCCACGGAAACCUAUCCAUAAGAAUUCCCAAACGGACUAUGAGCGGUUUUUUCUUCCCUUUUCCCUUCCUCCCCACGCCGUCCUUGCGCCCCAGAACGCAUUCAUGGAUGACCCGGAGAAACUCGCAGCGGCAAGUGACCGGAUCGAUAAGUUGAUAGCCCAGGAGGAUGUUGAUAUGGGAUCAGUAACCCUGGAGUCCUUCAAGGCGUCUUUCUCUCGCCAACCGCGAGGGUACAAAGUAGUUUCCAUCGUCGAGAUUGUUGACCGACUCAAUGGUUCCACUGACAACCCUAUCGAUCUCACAGACGAUACCGGAAUUAGCUUAUCCCAGCCUCUGGAUCUCCUCAACCGGAUUCCCAUGAAGUAUCUGCACUUUCCGGAGGAUGUGCGGCCACCAUACUAUGGGACCUAUACCAAGCCACAUACACCUGUUGAGGAACGCAAGUUAGCGCGAAACCCCGUCGCGCGCGGUCUCCCAGACCUCAACUAUGACUACGAUUCCGAGGCGGAAUGGGAAGAGCCGGAGGAAGGCGAAGACCUCGAUUCAGAGGGCGAGGAGGAUUUGGAAGAGGAGGGCGAUGAUGACAUGGCCGAGUUCCUCGAUGACGAGGAAGAUCCGCAGAUGAAGCGGAGGCUCAUUAGCGGAGAUCUCGUACCCAUCAGUACCGGCCUGUGCUGGGAGGAUGCGCGUGGCGUCUCGCGUCUGAAUGGUGGGUCAGGUGCUAUCUCAACCGAGUUCAGGCAGUUCAGGAUGGGUUUCCUCAUUGAACCUCAGCCCCAGUCAAUCGACCCCUUCUCUACGUCUUACUGGGCUCCCGAGCCCACAUCCACUAACCUGCCUCUCCCUAUCGCGAAUAACCAGAGUGCAACGAAUGGCCUGAUGAAUCCACCCCGGCUUCCACUUUCCCAGCGCCCUGCCAAUGGCCUGCUCAACACAUUAAAUACCUCUCCAAACCCCCCUCCUGGAACCGCCUCCAAAGCUGUGAAACCUAAGAGGCAAAUCCCGCCCGAGCAACUCGCUGCAUUCAAGGCUGAAGUAGAAGGCCAGGAUCUCACGAAGCUCGGCAUGAUCGAAGCGCUGAAGAAGAAGUUCCCAAAGGUGCCUAAGGAUGCUAUCACCAAUACGCUUACCGCUGUCGCUAAGCGUGUUGGUCCCUCCGAGAAGGAGAAGCGGUGGGUGUUGUUGAACUAGAUGUCUCAAAUGUCUGUGGCAGUGUUUGAUGCAUGGCGGGAUAUCAUUUCAUUGUACAACAUGUCUCUGCUGCACGCGGAUGUUUCCGCAGUGACUGGGACGGCAGAGCUUGCCGAGGACGCAGGCGCACGAGCAGGGCAUAUUUUCAUGGAGCUUUCGGAAAGGCAUUACUACGGCGUUGCAUUGUUGUUUUCUCCUGGGCAUCCGGUGGUCUUCUAGAGGGUCCGGAAAUAGGUGGUGUUCAACGGGUCGAUGGAUGUGCAUGUAGCCGUAAGCGGUACGCCUCCAGCUGUAUCAAAUGCACGCAAUAUUUGUCAUCUUCAC